UCUUCCAAGCGUCGAAUGGCUUCAUCAAGAUGCUGUACUCUAAAGGAUAUGCUUCACUUGCCCUCUCACUCACGCACACACACACGUUCAUUUUCAUUGUUAAAUCUGACAUUUGGAAUCUUUCACGUAACCAAUUUCUCCNUCCCACCCAAACCCCCUUACCCCGACCGUUCUGCUCUCAAACAGUGGAUUUCUAUUCCAUUCGCAAUGACCAAUAAGGCCACAGUACCGAUCACCACAACCUGGGAUAAAUGGAAAGGAACAGUGAAGCCGGAAGAUGCAUUCUAUUAUGCAGACAAUUUCUUCAUGCUCACAUUCGGUGGGAUCCCGUGGCAAGUCUACUUCCAGCGUGUUCUGUCCUCAAAAACAGCUGCCCAGGCACAAAUCCUCAGUUACGUGGCCGCUUUGGGAUGCUUAAUGAUGGCACUACCCUCAGUCCUGAUAGGAGCGGUUGGGGCGAAUUGGACUUUGACCGAGUACAAUGGAACUGUGGAAGAACAAAUCCCCGUGGAUCAAAUGAAACUGAUUCUACCAUUAGUUCUGCGCUAUUUGUGCCCGGUUUGGGUUUCAUUCAUUGGGCUUGGAGCUGUCUCGGCUGCCGUGAUGUCUUCCUCGGACUCCUCCGUGCUGUCUGCUGCCUCCAUGUUUGCCCGAAAUGUGGUCAAAUCGAUUUUCUGGCAAUCGGCCACAGAACGACAAAUUAUCUGGGUCAUGCGUGUUAGUAUAUUUGUGGUCGGUGCCAUGUCUUGUGCGUUGGGUAUAUAUAUCAAAUCGAUUUACGGAUUGUGGUAUCUGUGCUCAGAUUUGGUCUAUGUGAUCCUGUUCCCACAACUUGUCUGUGUGCUGUAUGUGCGAUUUGCGAACACUUACGGAUCUCUUGCCGGCUAUAUUGUUGGUCUGUUUGUACGGCUAACUGCCGGUGAGGCAGUGCUUGGAAUGCCUCCGUUAAUCAUCUAUCCGAACUAUUUUGACGAUCCGGUGAGCUUUUAUCAACGCUUCCCUACCAAAACGUUCGCAAUGCUAUGCAGCAUGGUUGUGACCGUGUUUUUCUCGUUUGUCACUGAUCAGUUUUUCCGGGCCAAUUCGCGUCGUUUACGAUUCGAUGUGUUUCACUGUUACAAAGAACGUAAAUCGGCUACCGGGUCCGUUCGAAUCGGGAAUCGAUUUAAUCGUCCAUCGAUUCGUACCGUCAAAUUACCGGUACAGGUCAUCGAAGGAGUGAACGAGGAGGAGGAGGAGGAGGAUGAGGCGACCGGACAGGAGAAAGUGAAUGAUUCCAUGACGGAUCCGGAACAGAUGCAACGGAAUGGAAAAAAGGAGACGAGCAAGAUUCUUAUCACUCGGGCCACAUUCCAAACGAAUGAAAGCAAUACAAGACGUGAGAAUGAAACUCCUUUGACCGAAGAACCUGUGUCACAGUGA